UAUGAAUCUGUAUAAUCUAUAAUAUACACAGAUUAUACACACUCUAACGUUCACAAUUGUCACAGCUGAGAUGUGGAAAAAUUCGAAAAACAUCAACAUGGCGGACGAACUUGAAAAUGAGUCAGCACAAGCGCUGUUGACAUUCAAAAAUGGUGGAAUUAAGUUUGAUCCUGAACCAGAGAUAAAAAUGGAAACCGAGGAUGUCCUGGGACCUCUAGGCUUACGCCGGGUGGGGUCCGAGCUGCCCCCUCGCUCACCGCAGCCUGGACUCAUUCUGAACCGGAGAGGCAUGCCACAGCGCAUUAGAAAAAAGAAUAAGUUGUUCUUUGAUGACGACGUUGUAAAUAUAUUAACUCCAAGAACCAAACGUACACCAGGAAAAUCUCCUGCUAAAAAGCAGGCAAUAUCGUUUAAAGGACCUCGACCUAUAAAAGCUGAAGAACCUCCACCUAAAUCUGAUAGCCCAGAUCGUAGAUUAUGUCAGAAAAUUGGCAUGAGAUUAAGAAAUCUCCUCAAGUUACCGAAAGCUCAUAAAUGGGUCUGCUAUGAGUGGUUUUACAGCAACAUUGAUAAAGCACUUUUUUCGGGUGACAAUGAUUUCAUAAUAUGCCUGAGAGAAUCCUUCCCGCAGCUGAAGACCAGGCGACUGAGCCGAGUUGAGUGGUGCAAGAUGAGGAGAAUGAUGGGCAAACCUAGGAGAUGUUCUCAGGCAUUUUUCACUGAGGAGAGAAGAGAACUGGAAAACAAGCGUACAAAAAUAAGACUGCUCCAACAACGAAAGAUGAAUGACUUCUCCAGUUGUAAAGACUUGCCAAAUGAGAUCCCGCUGCAGCUUGUGAUCGGGUCGAAGGUGACGGCUCGGCUGCGGAAGCCUCAGGAUGGGCUGUUCACUGGCAGCAUAGACGCAGUGGACACAUCUAACAACACCUACCGCAUCACCUUCGAGAGGCCGGGCCUGGGAACACAUUCUGUUCCUGACUACGAAGUGCUUUCCAAUGAACCUCCGGACACGAUGUCAAUGAGCAGUUUCUCCGCACUGUUCCGACCACGACUGGCACCCCCCUCUAUCACCCCCAUCGCCCCCAAGCCUGCCCCCUCUGCCCCAACUAGUCGACACACCCCUGACCCCAUGUUGUCAGCUGUCAGCUGCAAACCCAAGGCUGAGAGUGUCGUGGUCGGCUGCUUCCCCUAUAAGGCGCUUGAGAAAAUUGUUAGAUUAAACAAAAUUCUAAACAUCAAAAGAUCCAGGAUUGACCAGUUGCGAGAGAUGAACACCGAAGCUGAACGGAGAAAAUCAUUUGGAGAAGCUAUUGCAGAAGAUUUCCAGAAACGGUACGCAAACAAGGUGAUAGAGUUGGAGCACCUCAACGUUCACUUGCGGGAGAUCUUGGCUUCUGUACAAAAGUACUGUCAGGAGUUGGCACCAGAAGCCAGCCUGGCGGCAAUGCUGCUGCCAUCCCAGAUACAGGAGCAGAGUCUUCUUGAGGCUAAACAGAUGGUGCUUCGAUAUAACCACACCGCCAAGGACCAGAAUGUGGUGGAUUUGAUCACCAAUCUCACCUCACUCAUGCUCCAAGUCAAGAACCUAUCAGAAGGUGAGCGAAGUGCUUACGAAGUGGAAGUGUUGAAUACAUCAAUGGAACAGAUCCGGCUGAAGCUCCAUCAGUCCAACCGUCAUGUGUUUGAGAACUGUGUCGAAGUGCAUAUGAGACACAUCCAGACCGGUCUCACUGGCCCUCUAGGCUUCUCAUUAUAGAUAUUACCAGUAGCCUUCUCAUUAUAUAUAAAUCUUCAUAGCCUUCUCGUCAUCGAAAGCCUUUGAAAGGUUAAUCAAAUCAAUCUUGUACAGAUAUUGCAUGCCACUGUUUUAUUAUUAAGUGAUAUUUUAAUAUUUUCUUUUUAUAUGAAGAUUGUUCUUUACCUUUUUCACUAAAAUGAACUGUAUAUUUAUGUAUAGUUUCACAGGUUGUUGAACAUGUUAGCAAGUUUUAUUUACUAGUAAGUAGAUUUUACCUUAGGAGUAUAAACCUAAGAUAAUUAUAUAUUGUUGAGUUAAAUCAACACAACUAAUUGGUGCAAUUUAAUACAGUGUGGACAUUGCUUCUAGUCACUUGUUUUCUUUCUAAAUUAUGUUGGAACCCGUUUAAAAUGUUUCUUUAAUGUCUAUUGUAUUAGUUUUUAGUGGUUAACUGUGUGUUUGUAAAUUUUAUUUGAUUAUCACAUAAAGUAAAAUUGGUCCUCAGACUUCAUAAAUUACAACAAUCUAAAGUAAUGUUUAAAAAAUAAAGUAAACUUAUGUUAUGGUUGAAAGCAAAA